CCCAAACAGAAUCCCACCAACAAACCCUACAAAACCCACAAACAGCACACUCUCCGACCCUCUUCUCCCCAUGCAGCCGGAAAACUCGUCGGGAAUGUCAGAAAUCUACCGGAUUCUGACACACACCGGGAUGCCACGUGCCAACGGGCCGGAGAUUCCGACCUUCUUCCCUACUUCGUUUUGCGCCUCGGAUAUGUCCGGAAUUACGGAACUGCCACAGGCUCGUGCCUUAGCUGCAAAAAACCACAAGGAAGCGGAGAAGAGGCGGAGGGAGCGAAUCAAAGGGCAUCUCGAUGAGCUACGGAGACUUUUGCCCUGCAAUUCGAAAACGGACAAAGCUUCACUGCUGGCUAAGGUGGUCCAACGUGUGAGGGAUUUGAAGCAGCAGACGUCUGAUAUCGCCGGGUCCGAUAUCUUCCCAUCAGAGACAGAUGAGAUAUCUGUCUUCUCAGAUGAAUUCUCCAGCGAUGGACGGUCGAUAUUCAAGGCAUCCGUCUGUUGUGAGGAUCGGUCCGAUCUGCUGCCGGAUCUGAUCGAGACGUUGAAUUCACUCCAUCUGAGGACACUGAAGGCAGAGAUGGCGAUGGUUGGAGGGAGAGUGAGGAAUGUGCUAGUUGUAGCCGGAGACCGAGAUUUCAACGGUGAUGAUUGCACCGAUCUCCUUCGGGACGCUCUGAAAGCUCUGGUGGAAAGAUCGGAUUCCAGUGAUCGGUGCAAGAGGCAGCGGAUCUUCGAUCGGAGAACGAUGAAAUGAAUUUUCUCUCUUCCUCGCCUGGCCCACUUGCUGAUUAUGUACAUUGGAGAUCAAGACCGUUCAUCUGGUGGACACUGAAGUGGAUCGGCUGUUGUACGAGUAUCUCAUAUGCUGCGGCAUUGGCGAUCUUCUGAUCAACGGUUAGAAACGAAGAUGAUUGCUGAUCAAGAUUCAACGGGAAAUGGGGCCCCUAUGACUGUCCAAACAUUUUAACUUUAGUAAAAUUGCUUAUUUGCAUAAGGCUUACCAAA